AUGCGUUCUACUCUUUUGGCUCCUGCGGUCGUAUUAGCCAACGCAGUGGUUGCCUCUGCAACUUUGUCUUUGAGUGAAAUCUGCACAGAUUCAUACGCCAAGGCGGCGCUACCAAUUGGUACAAUUGAUGGCAUUACAGUGGACGCUUCCUCAGUGUCGACGAGCUUGGUCACCAACUUCACGGCUAGCUCCAUUUUCUACCCCACGUCGACUUUCGAUUAUUGCAAUCUGACCUUUGCCUACUCCCAUGAUGGCGUGGAGGGAGAUCUUGUCCAUGUCGAGUAUUGGUUGCCAGCCCCUGGAAAGUUCAAAAACAGAUAUGUGUCUACCGGUGGAGGUGGUUGGGCAAUCAACUCAGGAAGCUCUUCAAUCCCCACUGCUAUUAUCGUCGAUGGUGUUGGUGGCCUAACCGAUGGAGGAUUUGGAAGCUUCAACACACAGUUCAGCUCUGCUGCUCUCCUUGCUAACGGAACCAUCAAUUGGCAGGCAACUUACAUGUGGGGCUACCAGGCACACAAUGAGCUUGCUACUCUAGGCAAGCAGCUCACCAGAAAUAUAUACAAUGUAGCUUCCAACAAGAAGAUCUACUCCUACUAUCAAGGUUGCUCCGAAGGUGGUCGCGAGGGGUGGAGUCAAGUUCAGCGUUUCCCUGAGCAGUUUGACGGUGUUGUUGUUGGGGCUCCUGCUUUCCGCUGGGCACAGCAGCAAACAAACCACCUGACAGGCAAUGUCAUCCAGAAAAAACUCGAUUACUAUCCUUCUCCUUGUGAGCUCGAGAAGAUUAUGAACCUUACCAUCGCUAGCUGUGAUCCUCUCGAUGGAAAGACUGAUGGCGUCGUCGCGCGUUCCGAUCUGUGCCUGGCUCACCUUGACUGGAGUACCAUUGAGGGAGCCUCGUACUCUUGCGCCGCCGCCGCCGCUUCCUAUGGCAGCUCUGCCACCCCUAAGCAGACCGGCAAGGUUUCUGCUAAAGCCGUCGAGCUUGUCAAGACUUACUGGAAUGGCCUUCACGACUCUAACGGUGAUCGUGUCUACUUUAGUUACCAGCCUGGUUCGACUUUCACCGACCUUCAAACAGAAUAUGAUUCCACCACUGGCACCUGGGAGCUUGAUAUCAGCGGCCUUGGUGGUAUCUGGAUUGCUCAGUUCAUCGACUACAUCAAGGACGCUGAGAAUAUUGACAGCCUCGAGGGCGUUACCUAUGACACCCUCAAGGAGUGGAUGAUCUUCUCCCAGGCAAAGUACGGCGACAUCCUCCAGACCACCUCCCCGGAUCUUACCGAGUUCCAGGCCGCUGGCGGCAAGGUUAUCCACGUCCACGGUGAACAGGACUACUCGAUUCCCACUGCUUCUUCUGUCCGCUACUGGGACUCUGUUCGAUCCAUCAUGUUCCCUAAAAAAUCCUACCGAGAGGGAGCUGCCGCCGUGGAUGACUUCUAUCGGCUCUUUCUGGCUCCCGGUUGUAGCCACUGCGAUGCAAACGCCUACCAGCCUAAGGCCGUGUGGCCCCAAACUACUCUCCAGACAGUGAUCGAGUGGGUUGAGAGCGGCAAGGCCCCUGAGACACUCACCGGAUCGGGUGAUAUCGCAGAGAUGUGUAGAUGGCCUUUCCGCCCCCUGUGGACGAACAGCGGAAAAACCUUCCAAUGCGUCUACGACCAGGACUCCGUGGAUAGCUUCACCUACGACCUGACUGCUUAUAAGCUUCCAGUGUACUAG